AAAACCAAAACACCAUUCAAACAAAUAUCAAAACCAGAAACUACUAAAAUUCCUUUAAAAAGUUCAAAUAUGCCUGGAAAGAUGUAUAUGCCAUAUUCCAUUAAUAAAUCCACAAAAGUUUAUGUAAUUAAUAAUCCGCUCAAUUCUGGUAUAAAACGAAUCGCAGUCCAUGGAAACACUUUUAGUACACCGAACAAAAAUAAAAAUCCUGGAGCAUUUAAGUUAAAUGAAUCAGAAAUCGGAUUUACAUCUAAAGAAAUGAAUAAAAAAAUUUUAAACAGACUAGAACCCAUAGAAAGCAGUUUUAAUGUGCCGCCACCGGAAUCAUGUUUCGAAUCAUUGAAUACUAGUAUAGAUUCGCAGGGUUCAUUAAACUUGGAUGUAUCAACAUCUACAGUACUAGAUGCGGUUGAGCAACCUAAGCCUAAGCCACCGCCGUCAAGUGAUAGUCCUCUUGUACGUAAAAUGGUUGCCGCUUGCGAAAGCAUGAUGGACACGAAAAUAGAAAAAAUAUUCAGUGCUUUCAAAAACAAAGAAAACAUGAGCGCUGUCAAAUCACUGCAUGAGACUAACGCACCCAUUGAUUUUGAAAACGCCACAGAUAUUUGGACCGGUAGUAUACGCAAAGAAAUUCAUAGUGUCUUAAGUGACUUUAUUAAAAGCAAGUCAAAGGCAAACAACACAUCAAAUAUUAGUUUGGAUAAUGACAGUUCAUUGUCUAUCGAUCCAAAUACAACAUGUCAACAAUUGUUUUCCAAAACUAGUCCAGUUUUUAAAGUACCUGAGCUUCCAAUUUCUAGAAACAACAAUGAUUCUAUUCGACGAUCACUCCGCAUAUCUGAACAAAAAGCUCUACGUGAUCAAAUGAAUGAUUCUAACAUAAGUGAAUCUUCAUUUAAUAGGUCACAUACUAGAAGUCAAUCACUCAUUAAGAUGUAUAAGGAUAGAAAAAAUUCAAUACGUCAAGCAAAUAACAGUGCUGAGAAAAAAAUCAGAAGAAAUUCAGUGAGCAAGAAUCAGAAUAAAUCCAUUAAAACUGUUGAUGAUAAGAAUAUCAAAUCAACAGUAAAUAAAAAUAUCACUUCUCAUUAUUUCGAUGCGCAUAAUGAUAUAAAAUCAAAAACGCCGAGUAAUAAAAACUUAAUAAAGCAUAGGAAAGCCAUUUUAGAUCUUUUGAACUCGGGAUCCAUAAAGCAAAUACAGGUUCUUCCACAAAUUGGCCAGAAAACAGCGUAUCACAUUGUGACACAUAGAACUUUAUAUGGAAAAUUCAAAAACAUUAAUCAAGUUGAGAAAUUGCCUAUUUGGAGAGGAAAAGCAUUUGAACGUUUUGCGGAGGCAAAUAUAUUGAGUUUUCGUUAGAUUUCUUUUUAAUUUGGAUAUUAUACUUUUGUAAUGACUACUUCUUCUAUUUUGUUAGUUUUAUAUAGCUAUUAUAUUUUUUUAUAAAUGUGAAAUUUUUAAUAUGAUGUAUCAUGUAA